AAGUCGACAAGCAUUAAAUUUAGGCAUCGUACAUUCAUGUUUUUUUGAUGUCGUAUAGUUUACGAAAUAAGUAAAUAUUUUGAUUGAUUGUUUUAGCAACAGAAAUCUAUUAGAUUAAAUUAUCAUCAUUCGAUAUGUCGAAAAAGAACAUUGUGUUCGUGACCGGCAACGUGAAAAAAUUGGAAGAAGUGAUGCAAAUGUUUAAGAAUUUUUAUAAAGAUUCAGUUCCUUUUAAUUUGUCCAACAGAAACAUCGACUUACCUGAACAUCAAGGCGAACGGGAUGAAAUAUGCAAAAUGAAAGCAUUGGCGGCAUUUGAUAUUAUUAAAGGUCCAUGUAUUGUAGAAGAUACUAGUCUGUGCUUUAACGCUAUUGGUGGACUACCAGGUCCAUAUGUUAAGUGGUUUCUAAAAGCUACUGGUCCUUUAGGUUUAUAUCGUAUGCUCAAAGGGUUUGAAGAUAAAACCGCUAUGGCUGUAUGUACAGUUGCUUAUGUUAAUGAACAGGGUGAAGUGAACAUUUUUAGUGGCGAAACUGAUGGUACAAUUGUAGAGCCAACUGCAAUCGAGACUUUUGGAUGGGAUUCAUGUUUUAAGCCGGAUGGAUAUGAGAUAACUUAUGCAGAAAUGCCUAAAGAAGAAAAAAACUUAAUAUCUCACAGGAUGAAAGCAAUGUAUAAAUUGAAAGAGUUUAUGGACCACAAUGUAGUUAUUUAAAAUGUUACGAAUAAAGUUUUUAUUUUAAAUCAA